CACUCUGUUGCUGAAGAAGAGCCCAUCCAGCCUUCACAGGAAGCUCAUUCUUGCCACUUAUAUCAACAAUCUCAUUCUUUUGCCUUUUAAAAUACAGAACAAUAAAUGGUUUAACAAAACAUGAGCCCUACAUGAACAGCUAUAUUCUACAAUGAUGUCAGAGCUGCAGCUCCAUCUGCUGGCAGAUGGUUGCAUAGCAUUUAGGACACAACGACUGUGGCAUUUGAGCACCCGUUUAAAUAUUAAUUUGAUUGCAUGACUAAUACAUCAGGUACUGACCAGGGACAAAAGGACGAUUAGUUUCUAGUCGACUAGUUGUGCACAUCACUAGAAACUCAACAUCACAACAGGAGGAAAGAAGGAAGACGGAGAUGAGAGAUAAUGAGGAAAGAGGAAAGGGGCGGGACCUAAACACAGCUGAAACUUAUUAAGGGAAACACAACACAGGCUACCAAAAUAACAUAGGAAAUAAGACAGCCUACUUAACACAGACACAGACUGGAGGAACAGAAUGGAAACACAACAAUGUCUAAGAACAGCAAACUAACCCAAACCAAAGAUCACCUGAAAUUUUCAGUACCGACCUCCUUCGCACAGCAUCUCUGCUCUUCAUUCUCCGUCUCCACCCUCCUCCUCUUCCUCCUUCUCCGCCUCAGCACCGCUUCCUCUGCAGGUGGAUGGAGGCUGGGAGCCCCGGAGACAGAAGCCAUGGCCGGGAUGCGCCGCCGUCACACUGCUGAGCACCUCCCUUCGCGCCGGGGACCACAUCCUUAAAUGACCCGCGGCUGAAGAGAGGGGGGUGUCUCCGGAUCCAGCGCCCGGAUCAUGGCAUGCUGCCCACACCGGGCAUCCAGCACUGACCAUGGGGCUCCGGUCCAGGACCGUCGUUAGUAGCUCGGAGGAGCAGAAGAAGCCCUCCGGCGCUCCUCCCGGGGACUUACUGGACCAAAGCACCGCAGGAGCGGACAAGGAUGGCGCCCUGCUGCUGGUGGCUCCGGGCCGGGAUGACUACAAGCGGAGCUCCCAGGGCAUCGGCAUCGGGCUGCUGGCCAAGACCCCCCUGAACUACGCCCGACCGGCCAAGAGGAAUAACAUCCGCAAGAGGAAGAUCCAGAACCUGAUCUACGACGCGCUGGAGAGGCCGAGAGGAUGGGCGCUGCUCUACCACGCGUUCGUGUUUUUAAUCGUUCUGGGCUGUUUGAUUCUGGCCAUACUGACCACAUUCAAGGAACACGAGAACGUGUCGGCACACUGGCUGGUCAUACUGGAGACGUUCGCCAUCUUCAUCUUUGGAGCUGAGUUUGCGCUGAGGAUCUGGGCGGCCGGUUGCUGCUGUCGCUAUAAAGGAUGGAGGGGCAGGCUGAAGUUCGCUCGCAAACCUCUGUGCAUUUUAGACAUCUUCGUGCUGAUUGCCUCGGUGCCGGUGGUGGCGGUGCGUAACCAGGGAAAUGUGCUGGCCACGUCCCUGCGCAGCCUGCGCUUCCUGCAGAUCCUGCGGAUGCUGCGCAUGGACCGGAGAGGAGGGACGUGGAAGCUGCUGGGCUCCGCCAUCUACGCGCACAGUAAGGAGCUGAUCACAGCCUGGUACAUCGGCUUCCUGUCUCUCAUCCUGGCGUCCUUCCUCGUCUACCUGGUGGAAAAGGAUGACGCCUCUGUGAGCAUGUCCGACCAGGAGAACCCCACGGCCCAGCCCAAAGAGCAGGACUUUGACACCUACGCCGAUGCGCUGUGGUGGGGGCUGAUCACACUGACCACCAUCGGCUACGGGGACAAAACCCCAAAGACCUGGGCUGGGAGACUGUUAGCCGGCACCUUCGCUCUGAUCGGAGUGUCCUUCUUCGCUUUGCCUGCAGGUAUUCUGGGAUCGGGCCUGGCUCUGAAGGUCCAGGAGCAGCACAGACAGAAGCACUUUGAGAAGCGCAGACAUCCAGCUGCAGGCCUCAUCCAGUCUGCCUGGAGAUAUUAUUCCACCAAUCCAAUCAGGGAAGACCUUAUUGCCACUUGGAGAUUUUAUGAAACUGUCAUCUCUCUUCCCUGUUUCAGGAAGGACACCUUGGAGGUCAUGGCGAGCCAGAAACUGAGUUUACUUGAGCGUGUUCGCCUUCCUAAUUCAAGACCGUCUGUGGUGGCAGUGAAGAAGCUGACGGGUAACGCAGACUCCAUCGAGGAGAGUCCCUCCAAGGAGCCCAAACCUGCCGGCUUCACUAACCGGGAACGCUUCCGCACUGCCUUCCGAAUGAAGGCCAACACACUCCGCCAGAGCUCUGAAGAUGCCGGAGGUGUGGCAGAUCCAGCCUUAGAGGAACGGGGUUUCCCCCCUGACAUCCUCCUAGAGGAGAUGAUCCCCACGCUGAAACUGGUCAUCAGGGCCGUCAGGAUCAUGCAAUUCCUCUUGAACAAGAAGCGGUUUAAGGAAACUCUGAGGCCUUAUGAUGUCAAAGAUGUUAUCGAGCAGUACUCUGCUGGACACCUGGACAUGCUCUGUAGAAUUAAAUACCUCCAGACAAGGAUUGACAUGAUUCUUGCCCCUGGACCUCCUCUCACCCCAAAACACAAGAAAACUCAGAAAACGCCCUUUACUUACCCGCCCAACCAGUCACCCAGGCAUGAGUCCUACAUAGCCAAAGCCACAUCCAUGCCAGAUGCGGAAGACCAAAGCAUGAUGGGCAGAUUUGUCAGGGUGGAGAGACAGGUGGAGGACAUGGAAAAGAAGUUGGACUUCCUGGUGGACAUGCACAUCCAGCACACUGAGCACCUGCAGGUGGACUCUGCCGGCUCUGCCCGCAUGACCCUGGAGACCUGCAAUCCUACGGCAAACGGUGAGAUCAGACGGGUUUUCCUCAACUACGCCGAGGCGUUCCCACACAUGUCGUACCAGGUGCCUGUCGGCAAGGCGAACCCCUAUUAUGGCCGUGGAAGAGGAGGCAGAGAAGGGGUGGGGUUGGCAGGAGGAGUAGGCAUUGCCCCUUCAGUUCUUCAACCCCAACCCCCACCUUCAGCAAUCAUCCCCACUUACACCGAGCGUCCCACAGUGUUGCCCAUCAGCUCCCUGCAGGACUUGUCAGUGGGACUGGGUAGGACCACAGGGGGGCAAGGCGGUGACUCACCGCUCUCCAUGCUAUCGGUUAACCACGAGGAGCUGGAGCGCUCGCCCAGUGGAUUCAGCAUCUCUGGGGAGCGGGAAGGGGAGAACAUCUCAAUGGGGGCCGGUUUGGCGCCCGGAGACCCCGGCUGGACGAGACCCAGGCCGAGCUACCUGGCAGAGGGGGAGACAGACACAGACACGGACCCUUUCACACCAAGCGGGGGGCCCCUGCCUCUCUCCUCCACUGGGGAGGGAUUCGGCGACGCUGUGUGGACCAUGCCACCCUGAGAGGAAACAAAUUCUGCGCAGAUAUCCACCACUCUGAGUUAAGAUAUUAAAUUCAACCCAAGCCUCUAAACCCAAGCCCUGGGUCAAAGCCACCGCUGUGGACUGAACGUCUGGGGAGUAAAGCUGGGUCUUAUCCGAGAUAAUCGACCUUCAGAGGCCACCGCAGAUCUCAUCAUGCCGUCCGCGGUGCAGUCAGAGAGCCAUGGCACCGAGACUGCCCGGGAAAAAAAAAGAAAAAGGGAAACCACAUCGUUUGUAAAGUAAAACUCUGUACAGCGCACUCUUCGCAAAAGUUUAGCUGACAUAAAAAAAGAACAUUAAUAUACAUACUAUAUACACCCAAAAGCUUUAUUGCUGCAAAGCCAACCGCACUGCAUGUAACGCAUGCGAUUUUUAGUGUAGUCAGGAAAAGGAAAAAGAGAACGAAUGGUUACACAUACUUGCUAUGCCAUUUUGUAACACUUAUUUUUUUAUAUGAAUACAUUUUCAUUGUUUUUUGCAUGGUUUGCAUGAUAAUGCACCACUGUAGGAGUUGACGAUUAGAAGGUGAUCCUGGAACCAAAAGUCUCCUGUCUCUUCGUUGUUUGCCGAGUGUGUGUGUGUGUGUGUGUGUGUUAGAGAACUGAGAGAGACAGACUUUGGUAAUAAAACACUGGCUAGUUUGCUGGCAGUCAUGUUUCACCGUUUCUGCUUUUCUCACGUUGCUCUGUAAGGUCUCUGAGGAUCAAUUCUGUCCAGAAACCAGACUUUUUUUCUGGUCUCAGUGUUUUGUUUUCACGCCACUGUGCUCAAAUUGUGUGUCACCACUUUGUGUGAAAUGACUAUCCACUUGAAAAUUUGACUGAGUUUGAAACACUAAAUCUCUGCUGCUUUGUUGGCACAUGAAUUCAGGGAUAUAAACCACCUGUGAAGUUCUGCUUCUGCUUGAUUAGUAUUCAGAGCGUAACAUCAAUGCAAAAAUAGUGGCUUAAAUUUCCAGCACUAAAAAGAAAAGAUUCCUACAUAAAGGGAGGCACAAUAUGUCUGUCCCAGUACUCACAUUUGUGGUCUUGAAGUAACACAAUCUGUUCUUGAUGCACAUUUCUCCAAAGUUAAGUUUGUAAAUAUUUCUAAUAACUUUCUGUGGUCAACCUUUCCAGAAAACAUCCAUCCUUUCUUGGAGUAAACUUGGAUCGCCCGUAGUUUAAAAGUUAUCAAAUGGGAAGAACUACUCAAAAUGAAGAUGAAUAGGCUCACAUUUGCAUUUAUAUAAUUUACUUUUGAUUUUUCUGUUUCAUUACUAAUCACCUUUUCAUUGCCAUCAAAAAAUGGAUCGAUGGCAGGUCCUUUGUAUUGUUUUGGGGAUGGGCCAAAUGUUGGCUAACACUAGGUUGCUAACACAGACAAAUUGCUAGCUAAAUAUUAUCUGGAGUGUAUAAGGUAAGCUCGUUCAGGAGGUAAACCUGGUGCUAGGUUGGCUACUCAUUUUAAAUGGCUUUGUAGCUGAUGCCAGAUUCAUGCAGUGUAGCUAAGUUACAAUUAACUGGCUAUUGCGAACAUUACGGUCCGAUUCUUCUUUGUGUGAUGGCCUCAAAUCAAUCAUUCCCAGUCAGAUCAUUGGCAGAAAUUAUGUUUGAAUAUGACUAUGAUCGCUGCAUUUUAUGAACACUCAUAAGGAUAAAUUCUUGUACAGUUAUGAUGACAAUUUAACAGUAAACACCACGACUCUUAGCAAGCUAGCUAAACCAGCUAUCUCCUGCUUACCUGAAGUCACACUGUGGAAGGAUAGACUUACAUCAUAAUCAUUACGAAUAUAGUAUAAAUCCAUUGCCUGACUGUGGGUCUGAGUUUCAGAAGAGCAUUGUUGACUACUCCAUCUCUUUUUGUUGUAAAGCCAGUAUGGCUACCGUUUGCUGCAGGAAAUAUCAUGUUUCAAAUUCAACUUUUUUGAAACAUGAUAGUUUCAAAAAAGUUUUCAAAGUUUUCGAAAAUCUCCACCCUGGCAGGAGUUUUUAAAAAUUUCAGUUUUCAGUGACCGAAAACGCCGUUUACGUGUGGACGAAAGGUGCAAACGCACAGAAAAAUCUGCGUUUUCAAAAAUACCCGGGUACGUGUGGACGUAGCCUAAGAUCCAACAAUACUGGAAGUUCAUCAAGUAAGUGUGCAUUAGGAUACUCGUGAUGACGUGUGGUUACUGGGACAGUCUUCAGAUUCCUUUUUAAAAUUUUCACUCUUAUUUUAAAGUUGCUUUACAAAAAAAACAAAACAAACAAAAAAACAAGCAAUAAUGAAUUAUUAGCCAUGUUACAUCGAAAUAAACCACAACAAAUUUGAGGCAGUCUUGUUCCCAGGUGUUGGAUAACGCUGUUUUGUCAGAUACCGCAUCUGUGUCUUUCAUUUGGCAGAAUUGGUCACCAAGAGAAAAACACCCCAGCUUAAAGACCUUUAGAACCCAACAGAAGAGGUGCCAGAUUACAGGUUUAUUAGCCAGCGAUUGCAGUUCACUAAGGUAAUCCCUAUCAGGCCCUGAAGAUAAGUUUAGGCUCAAAAAACAUCUUUGCUCCAGCUACAAAAAGCUCUGAUAUGGGUUCAGAUGUGCUUCUUUACACUACAAAUCAUCUCCUAUGAAAAACGGUGAGUUGGACAUAUCAGCAUUCCAUCAAACAUCACUAGUGAAAGACACGUACACGGUUUUGACGUUAUUUAAUGCUCUGGGAAUCAGAACAGCCAGGAAAAUUCUGUAGCGGUGUUUUGCUUCUUAAAUAUGAAUUAAGGAAAGCAAACAAUAAUUUCUACUAAAUUUUAGGUGCGAUUUCUACUGCAAAGCUCCAAUAAAUCCAGUAUGGUGGCUGAAAAAUGAAAGUUCUAACUGCACCAAUAUGCUGUAGCUCAGAGAACAACAAGGACACCACCUAAAAUUAGCAAACUGAAUUUAGCUUUUCUACACUCCAAUUAAUAAUUUAAGUAUUUUUUUUAAUUGUUGCAACUUUAAAACUGCUGUAUAGUUCAGUGCUGUGUUGUGAGCAACUCGAAUGUCUAGUUACGAACACAAAAAACCUCAAACUGAAAAGAGAAAUAAAGGUACGUGAAGGCGGAGCUUCCUGUUACUGAUCCACAGGUAUUUUUUAAAUGAAAACACCACAAAGCCAGACCUGACCACCUACUGCAAAUAAAAAGCUUUACAGACGACCACGUAUAGGCCUAAACUGCAUUUAUUACCUUAGACUUAGGACGACACUGAUAUUGAAUGUAAUAUCUCACAAUAUGUACACACAUGAAUUAUUAUUAAUACACAGUUAUAGCAUGUUCAGGCACCUUCACAGUUAAUUGACAGAGGAGACUUCCACACCAGGCUUCAACUCUACAGUUCGUUGCUUUGUUCACUUUUACUGCUUCUGACCUAAAAAUCAUGAUGAACUUAUCUUGCAUUAAUUUAACUUGGUUAAAUGGAUAAAGCUUUGGUUUAGUGUCCGUGAUGACCAGCCAGAUCAUUUGUGUUGAACUGUUGUUGAACACGGUUGGAUAAAAUACAUUUAAGAUGAUGUUUAGACCUGUUGUCAACCCUCUGGCAACCCACUACUUGCUGUUGCUUGGUGAAAUUGGUCACACAGAUGUACCUACUGCUACACCAAAAGGUUGGACGACCAAGGGUUUGGUGAGUGUUUGCAGACAAGUUGGUAUUCACUGAUCUCUUUGUAUAUACUGACAGUACCGGCACCAAAACCCAGUUGGUGCUUGUGUUAGUAAAUCUGACUUGCACAGGCACGGAUUUCUGCUAAUGAGUGCUAAUAACUAGAAUAAUAAAAUCUCAGUUUCACUCACCAAAACUGAAGCACAAACCUCUUGGAUGUCUUUAUUUCACAGUAAACUGUAAUAUUUUUUAGAUAAUUCCCAUAAAAAUCCCCCCGAAGACGCCAACAGCACAAAGAGUCCUCAGAUCCAGUUCAGUGACUCCAGUUAGCGGCAGUCAUGAAAACUUUAAAUCUUAGAAAAAUCUUCUAAAGUAUAAAUUAAAUGCAUUUAUUUGGAGCCAGCCUCGGCUAGAGGACCAACUGUUGGUUUGGUUUUAGUAAAACGUCUCAGCAGGUUAAAAGAAGCCUGGUGUGGAUCCACCUACCAUCUGUGAAAUUAGCCAGGUGAACCAAACCCUUAUGAUUAUUAUUAUCUAUUUAGUGUAUUGUUAAGAGUUCCUGUUAUCCUCUAAUCCUUAAAUUAAAGUCAUUAAGCGCUAUAUUAUAUGAACACAGGCAUCAGACGUCACCACAUUUAGAUGUAAAAAUGAUGACAAUAUCCCUGCAGACGUUCAUUCAUUGUGCCUCUGAAGCAAGAAGCAUCGUUCAGAAUGACUCCACGCUGUCAUUCUUUAUUUAGUGUUUCAGCGUCACUUCAUCUCCACCUCACACGGCACACGGGAUUUUUGAAUGUCGGCUCCGUUUCCUUCUGUAGUGCUUCGUCUUUUCUUAAAACCAGCUCAGAGUGCGGUCCUGCUUUUGUAAAAUGCAGUUUUGUAGUUUUUGUGGUGCUUUUUGGCUCAUUUACAGAUUCAGCACGGUUUCAGCUGCACAGAAAGUUUGUAAUGGUUCACUUCUGCUCUCUUCGUUAUAUCUAAAGUUCAGUCGUCUUGUUCUGUUGAGGUUUGAUCAGUCUCGCUCCAAGCCUGUGCUUUUGUUGCCUUGCACAUUAAGUUUAAUUUACAGAAAGUAUUCUGUGAGUUAGUGACACUGCUUCCAUUUGAAACUACAAACUACAAAUGGCUUCCUUUCUAAAUUUACAGACACGAAUCAGUUUACGAAUGUCUCACUGGGAAUACAUAACGACAGCAUUGGUACAUUUAUAGUUUCAUGGCAAAUUACUGUUAAUAUGAACUUUUGUUAUUUUGUAAAAAUUUGUCAAAACAGAAAAAAAAUUGUCUUCCAAGACGCUGAAGUAUGCUGUGAAAAAGUGAUGCUAGCAAAUGCAGUUAACAGUAAAAUGGAAAUAUGUCAGAUUACACACAAAAAACCUGAAGUUCUUCUCAGGAAUUCCCAAAAUUUAAGAUAUUCAAGUUGCUAAAGCCACUGUUCAUAUCAAGCAUGGUGACAAUAUAUAACAGAUGGCCCAGUUUAACAAGUCGUUUUGUCUACAGUUACAUUUAUUUUGUUUCCUUAAAACCAAUAAAUCUCCCAUACGUGAGAUGAUUUUUAUGGUUUCUGAAACGAGGUUAGCUAAAUUUCCGUAAAACCAAAUCAGAACCAUUUUUAUUUAAAUAAAAUACGUGACUGAAUAACUUGUUAAGGACGAGUGUGAGCUGACCAAAGCCAUCUUCAGUAUCCCAAACCAACUUGCUAGCAUUACUUUUCACAGUAAGUAAAAUAAAUCCAUGUUACGUGAAUUAAAGACGUCUUGCGUGUUUGAAACGAUGUCUGAACGUGAUACUGUGUUGCUGUUUUGUAGUGAAGGGUUUGUCCUGUAAGUGGCCACGUUAUUACUCAGUAUGAUUUUCCUGCAAAACGUUCUCCAGUCACGUCUUUGGGAGAAACCACUUCACCUCAAGCAGGAAGUGGUUAAACUCCAGUUUGUCCUGGGCAAACAAGAAAAGGAGUGGAAUUGGAACAUCCAUUGGUCACCGUUCAUUGGAAAUAAAAAAGUUAAAUUCUUCAGAUUUAUGGUUUUGGGAAGUGUUGGUCACCUCAUCCUUAGAUGUAACUGGUGGCUGGUGAACACUCACUUUAACAGAUGUUCUGUUGAAACAGCUGCCUCUGAUACAAAACUGCUCAAUAAUGUUUAUUAAGGAGAUUUGAGGCGCGAGGAACUCCAGUAAAACCUGCAGAACCAAAACUAUGAGUCACUCCAGUGAAGUUGAACCAAUUUUGCACACUUUGCACCAGGCUUAUUUUACUUUAUGUGUCUCCGUUUACUUUAUACUGUAAGCGGACACAAGAGCCACUUUGAAUGGGUUUUGGUGACUCGUCCCAUCACUUUGCCCUGUGAAUCAGCCCUUUGCUUCUCUGGCUUGUAGAAGAGGGUUAAAUCAGCUGACGAGGUGACUGGAGGAAUUAAACAUUUACCAACCUGAUGUUCUCUCAUGUGCUCAUGGCUUUGUCGUCAAUUUGUCUUUUUUAUUUUUCUGAAUCGGUGUGAUGGGAUGAACUGAAGUUGCUGACCUCGGGUGAUCAUGAUUGGCUUAAAGCUUACACAUGUGCUCAUUAUUUGACAAUAAGGGGGGGACGCUGUGUGACAGCUCAGAGCUAUUUUUUUUUUUACUUGCAUUUCAAAAAUCACCUUUUCAGGCAUCAGUGCACAGUACAGACUUCAGCCUUAUUAUUUAUUUUGACAUUGCAUUUGUCUGCAUAACCUCCAAAACACAGACUCUGACAAACACACAUAAUGGUGAAUUAAUGUGAUGGUUAAAUAUCUUAAAGUGGAUCCGUUCUGUCUUCUGCCAGUGUAUGGACGGCGAAUCCCUGUGAAUUAAUGCUGCUUUUUUUUUUCUCUGCUUGGGUUUUUAUGAUGUCAUGGAGAGCAGAUAACCUUAAUAUGGCCAUGUAAGGCACAGUAAGCCCCGCCCACCUGCUGUUAACAUCAUUUGUUUGGGAGGUGCAGCCCAUCAGUGGAAAGUUGUCUUAAAGUGGGAGGAGCUAAGAGAGCUCAUUGAUAGAAGAUAAAGGGGGAUUAUUUUGAAUUGUGCAAAGCUACUCUCAAAGAGCCCAAGAGUAAAAUAUGAGCAGAAUAGAUCCACUUUAUUGUUUUAGCGGUUUAAUAUCUGUUACUUUGAGGAUGAAGGAUUAUUUCAGUUUGAAAGUGUGUUUUGGCAUAUAACACUGUAACCAAUGUGUCUGCACUCUUUGCAUUGCAGCUGUUAUUCAUUUAGUGAUUCUGAGGAACAGUCCUGUAUGAAGCACUCCUUUAACACUGUUUUAAACAGUACACUCUGAGUUAGUGUUAACAGCCAAAGAGGCUUAAAAUCCCUCCACAAACGUAGGUUUUGACAAAGUCUUGUGUGUGGAAACACUCCUGCUAUCAGUGUUGUGUGUUGGGAUUACAAUAUUUAACUUAUUUCACAUAAACACUGAAAAGAAAAACGGCUCAACUUUGUACUUGUUGUAGCAGCCAAGUCUUGGAGAAACUGGAAAACUCACUUUAAAGUGCUCAACAUAGCAAAUAAUCGAUCACGUGAGUGUUUCUUAUUGGCUUGAAUCUGAACCUUUCCCCUACAUUCAAAGCCAUAAAUCGAAACACACGUGCACCUAAAACGAUCAUUUUCUCCACAUUUCUGUCCUCUAAAACGCGUGUGUGCACGCGUGUGUGCUCUUACACUGUGCAUCAUUUAUUUUUUCAGCUCUCUGUGUGUGAACCCGUCUGCAUGUGCAUCGAUUCUGAAUGAAAAGGAGCACUUUAUGGCAUCUGUGUAGUUAAGAGGGCAAUAGUACUCGCUGUGAUUAUUCUGUUAGGGUUGUAUUCACUGUAACUGCAUACCAAGCAAUGCACUGAUCGGCACAUUCUGCAUAACCUGUAAUUUUAUGGACAUUUUGAUUGCUACAAAUUAUUUGUGCCUUGGCCUUUUACAGUACAGAUGUUUCUUUCAAUGCAGUUCUUUUAAUUUGGUUGUGCUUUUCUCGCUAUGGCUGUCAAAACGCACCACAAAGCUGUUGGUAAUAGCUGUGUGGAGGGCUGCAUUUACAUGCGUUUAUUGCUCAGCGGCCACGAUCUACGGAGCCAAGACUGAUAGAAAAUCAGCGCAGUAGCUGGUGGGUACUAAAUGUUCUCUCUUCAAAAACCACCCCUCCAAACAGCAGCUGAUAUUGCUUUUACAGUUCCAGUUGGGGGUGCAGCUGCAGGGCAAAAGCACCAACAAUGGAAGAAGAGACGCUGUCCACACUGAAAUAUUGAACCUGGUAUUUUUUUGCUGUUUGAUGAAACCUCACAAUUUGCAGGGUUUUGGUGUGACUCUCAAACUGUCUUUCAAAAAUCUUCUUAAUCUCCUCCUGAGACCCGAACUCUUUCAUGGCAUGCAUUUUUAAUUUCUCUUUGAUAUUUGGGCUGAUUGGUACCUGAUGAAUGGAAAAACAAAUAAUUACCUGGUUUUUGUUUUUGAUGAAAAUGAGAUCCACAUACGAGGACAUGGUUUUAAAUUUUGAUAGAACAGUGGCAGUAUAAUGUCCUCGUAAGUGGAUGUCAGGCCCUUGUACACGUUGCUCUGCAAAGAAGAAAGCCUUGCAUGCAUGUUUUAUACGGACAUGCUGCAGUCUCACAGCAGUUUGUAAAAAAUAAACUGAUUCAGUUUUAUUUAUAUAAUGCCAAAACACAACAAUGAUAAAGGUAAAGACACAACAGUUACAUCCCCCUUUAAGCAAGGAUUUGGUGACAGCGGUAAGGAAAAACUCCCUUUUAACAGGAAGAAAACUGCAGCAGACCUCCAAACCUGGUGUUCCUCAUUGUUCUCCCAUCAGCGUACUGACCAGGCCGAUCAAGACUCAGAUUUGUCUUUUUCACACAAACUGAACAUUUUGUUUGUGGCUGUGGUGAAGCAUGAAGUUUGAAACACAUGUGACACAAUUUUAUAGUCUUUAAACCAAAAGUUAGCAGUCUCGUGAACGAGAUAAAUAUCUUGUAAAUGCUAAAUUUAAAAAGAAGUCAUCUCAUGGCUUUAAAGAAGGUUAGUAAGAGCCAUCUCUCACAGUUUGACAUUUAAACAUGGAUGAUGAUGAUACUCGCUGGUUAGUUAAGCCAGGUGUGACGGACGAAGCUGCACACUCAUUGGCUGACAACUUGUAAUUGACUGAGUCCUCAGCCAAUGAGCUUCUCACUGAACGUGAUUUACAAAAUAACCCCACAUAUUUUAUUCUGUAUGACCUGAAACUAGAAACCAAAGCUAUAAACUCAUCAGGGUUUCUAUAAGACUAGAAGUCCUUCUGCAAACACAGGAGUCGCCCCCUGGUGUCCAUUACACAGAACACAGGUUCUAAACAAAAAGAAUAUAUUUGUAAAAGUGCCAAACAGGUGCUUGAUAAAUAGCAAAUGAAUAAAUAAAUAAAAUCACUUCUGCUUAGAGUCUUGGGCCGUACAGUUCCUGUAUUUCUCCCACAGGAACAAUACAAGAAGAAAAUCUGAGAGGAGCGACGUCUAAAUGCAGCCGAAACGCAGUAAAAACAAAAGCCAAACGUACGUCUGGGAGAUUACUGACAGCUCUGUGUUGGUUGGUGACGGCAGCUUUUCUGGGUCAGAAACAGUUCUGUUGUUCUUAAGUUUCAUUUAAGGGAAGUUUGGACAACUUUACACUAGUGGCCUUCAGAGCUGUGCAUCAUUUUUCUCAUACCAGUUUGAAAAAAAUGAAUAAACUUACCAUUUCUAUUCUGUAUUAGACCACUUUGGAUAUUUUGUUUUGAUGAUAUAAUAUGCAAAUGUAUUCUUACUUGAUUUUUUAAUUUUUUUUUUGUCUUUUCAAUUGCACCAGUUAAUAAUAAAGCAUUGAACUGAAA